AUGUCGAGCAACCGCCUACCUCACGUCACGCGUGAAGGCAGUCUCGUCGGUGCCAGGCUUGGUACAUUUCCCAAUGUGUUCUUGAAGCGAGAGGCUCUCUUUCCCACAACAGUCAUCGAACCGCCUCAUCCUAGCAGCUCUCCGAGCCCUCCGACGUCUGGACUUGCCGAUUUGAUCGAAGACGCCGAUGUCAUGUUUUCUCGUACCUCACAAUCAUCAACCAGGAAGGCGCCGCCGGAAUUGGAAGAGAUGACUCUAAAUGAUUGGGGUCGAUACUUUCCCCGCCGAGGACAAGGCGCAGAGACGUCCGAGUCCGAGUUCGAGCCCAGAGAAGAAGACGACGAAGAAGAUGAAGAGGAGACUGUACAGCCCCGACCUUCAAAAUACGAUGUGAAACCACCUGCGAGACCUUCAACGCAACGUUCCGCCAUCGUGACCCCUACGCGUUCCACUCCUCAAUCCACAGGCAAAAGCCCCGGAAGCCGCAGCGCACAACAGUCGACACCUGUGAAAGCAAGAUCUUCAACGUCUACACCUCAUGGCUCAAUCAAGUCCCUGUCCCAGGGUUGGAGUCGAGGCCGGAUUCGGCAGGCAGUUAGUCCAGAGCGCCCGCCCUCUGAAGAACUAACCACCGACUGGAAAGAUGACCAUGAUGGAAAGGCGAAUGCGGAGAAUACCGAAGUCCCCGGUAUUGCUGAACGAAAUCUCCGGAAGAGGACCCUCAAACAAACAUACCCCUACAAAUUUGACAAGCAUCGACACCAACUGUCACGAAAGACUGGCCACAAAGCCAACUCCAAGAAGGUGGAAAGCGCAGUCAAAGAAGAGAUCGGCGUGAGCGAAAAACAAAUGACACCAAGCAAGCAUCGAGGAUCGAGUAGUAAAUCUGCCAAAGAUUCGACUCCAAGACACAAAACCGGUCACAAACGUUAUCGGUCUGGCUCUGGCUGCUCGUUCGCAACCUUGGUAGAUACUGAUCGUGGAAAUAUCUUUGACCCGGCGAGGACUACGCUGCGGGUGCGGUUAGACAGCUUUCCCGGUGGCGCAGCGACUCUGAUCACGCUCAGCGAAUGCAGGGACAAUGACAAGUUGAUUGAUUUCAUUCUGAGGAGCUGGGAAUGGAAAUUCAAGGGCGCCGGCUUCUCCCACGCCGUCGCAUCGUUUCCGUGGUUGACUCAACAAUCAGAUAUUCUCCUUCGCCCAGGCUUGACCGAGAGUUUCCACGGCAUGGUGACGGAGAUUGAAAAUGCACCCAUCUGGGCAGAGGGGCCUGAGGCAAGAUGCGAUGUUGAGGUGACCGCUUACCUGCAGUAACGGGGGGUUGUGAUUGAUGUAGUUUAGCAGGAUGGGAAUCACCGAGCUAGGCAAGAUGCCUACACCAAGACAGGAGGGCGAAAGGACACUACUCAUACCCUUAAGGAGGAGAAAAUGAAGCAGAGGACAAUGGCAC